AAAUACCUGUUGCAGUUGAUAGCUUUUUGUAAACAAAGUGUUCUUAGAAAAGCCGACUGAAUUGCAGAAGACAAAAUUAUCUCCAUUUCUUUGCUAAGGUAAGGUACUUCCUAUUUUUUGCAAGGUCAACCAUUUAAUCAUAUCUUGUUAGUAUGUAUAAACACACACGUGCAUUUAAUAAAUAGAAUUUCAAAGUAAUUUCACUUAAUAUGAUUUCAACUUAUCACAGAAAAAUCUGGACAGUUGACAAAUAUCUCAGUUCAGUUACUUAAAGUUAUAAAACUUUAAAAUAGAACUUUUCAGUAUGUUGAUGUGCAUUGAUAUAUUUCAUUAGAAACUGAGAAGAUGAAGAUUUUUAUCAUUUACCUGAAGAAGCCUGUUAUUAUUAGCAAAAAAGCAGUGAUGAAAAGAGAAAUCCAUUUUGAUUUGCAAUUCAACAUAUCACAACCUUCCACGCAAGCUUUAGGAGAAGACAAACAGAUGAUGGUCCCUGGCCAGGUGAAAACCUCCUCAGAACUUUUUAGUAAGUCUGAGAAAGAAGACACUGAGAUUCCUAAUAGCCAUGGAAGAGAGACAGAGCCGCUAGAAGAAUCUACUGACCUGGAGGAGAUCAUGAGUGCUGGAGAUGACUGUUGCCUGAUAACUCUCCCCUUGAAUGAGCAGUCUGCACCGCCUAAGUUACUUCAAAACAUGAGCAUUCUUCCGAUUUACAAGAACCAUCAGUUAAAAUUCAGUCUCCUAAAUUAAGUGGCAAAUCUAGUUUAAUUACAGGAAACAUCUCUUCUCUGAGAGUAGUCAAGAUUCAAGUACCAGUACCAGCGAACUAUCUUGGACCAGUAACCAAAAG